AUGAAGCUGGGCCGGGCCGCGCUGGGCCUGCUGCUGCUGGCGCCGUUGGCGGUGCGGGCGGUAGAGCCCAUCAGUCUGGGACUGGCCCUGGCCGGCGUCCUCACCGGCUACAUCUCCUACCCGCGCCUCUUCUGCUUCUUCACCGAGUGCUGCAGCCAGAAGGGGAGCCUCAGCCGGGAGGCGCUGCAGAAGGAUCUGGACAGCAAGCUUUUCGGACAGCAUCUUGCAAAGAAAGUCAUCUUAAAUGCCGUCUCAGGCUUCAUCAGCAACCCGAAGCCCAAGAAGCCGCUCACCCUCUCCCUACACGGGUGGACGGGCACCGGCAAAAAUUUUGUCAGCAAGAUCAUCGCAGAGAAUAUUUACGAGGGUGGUCUGAACAGUGACUAUGUCCACCUGUUUGUGGCCACACUGCACUUCCCCCACAUCUCCAACAUCACCCUGUACAAGGAUCAGUUACAGUCGUGGAUCCGCGGCAACGUGAGUGCCUGUGCCAGGUCCAUCUUCAUAUUUGACGAAAUGGAUAAGAUGCACGCUGGCCUCAUAGACGCCAUCAAGCCUUACCUGGACUAUUACGACAACCUGGACGGGGUCUCCUAUCAGAAAGCCAUCUUCAUUUUUCUCAGCAAUGCUGGCGCCGAGAGGAUCACAGACGUGGCUUUAGAUUUCUGGAGAAGUGGGAAGCAGCGGGAAGAAAUCAGACUGAGAGACAUGGAGCACGCGCUGUCUGUGUCGGCCUUCAACAACAAGAACAGUGGCUUCUGGCACAGCAGCUUAAUUGACCGAAAUCUCAUUGAUUAUUUUGUUCCCUUCCUGCCCCUGGAAUACAAACACCUAAAAAUGUGCAUCAGAGUCGAAAUGCAGUCCCGAGGCUACGAGGUUGACGAGGACAUUGUGAGCAAAGUGGCCGAGGAGAUGACGUUUUUCCCCAAAGAGGAGAGAGUUUUCUCGGACAAAGGCUGCAAAACUGUGUUCACCAAGUUGGAUUAUUACUACGAUGAUUGA